ACGGACAACUUGUUUUGUUGUUUUCGUUUCGCAGACCGCAGUGUUUAUCCGCGUCUGCGUUGCGGACGGAGCUUUCGCAGUUCGCUUCCGUUUUUCUGUUUUCGUUUCAACGUACCGUUCGAAUCCGCCGCAGUUUCGGUUCGCGGACCUGAUCGAUUUGAAAACAAAUUGCCUAAAAACCCGGGAGUCUCGUUGACCGAGAAAACCCGCGACUUAUCAGGGUCCCGCCGUUGACCCACAAAAUAGAAAUAGAGUUUGAACUUGGAAAUAAUCUGAUCACGAUGACGUCGUCGAUCCUGGAUAGACGCGAACGCGUCGCACUGACGGCACUAUGAUGAUCACGGCGACGACAACAUGCAGUCCUGUAAGCCGAAGGUCACCGACCUAAAUCCACAUCUACUAUGCGUACUGUGCGGUGGAUACUUCGUGGACGCCACAACGGUGAUCGAAUGUCUGCACUCCUUUUGUCGAAGUUGUAUUGUCAAGUAUCUCGAACGCAACAAAUAUUGUCCAAUAUGCGAUGUAUUAGUCCACAAAUCAAAACCUUUAUCCAAUAUCCGGCCAGACCACACCCUGCAAAAUAUUGUUUACAAACUUGUCCCACAUUUAUUUCAAAAGGAAAUGGUAAUGAGAAGAGACUUUUACAAUCGAAACAAAGUGUAUUUACCCAGGGACCCAAUAAGCCGUGGUGUUGUACCUGAUGACUAUCAUAUAUUUGCUGCCAGUGAUGCAAUCAGUAUAUGUCUUUAUUAUGAAUGCGAAAAAAUUGACAAAAAUAAUAUACAAGAAAAACAUAAACGAUAUCUAUGGUGUCCAGCAUCAUUGACAGUAAUAAAUUUGAAAAAAUUAGUUUACAUUAAAUAUGAAUUAAUACCAACUGAUCAUCAUGUAGAGUUUUUCUACCAAAAUUAUUUACUAGAUGAUCACUUAACCUUAAUGGACGUUGUUUACAUGUUUGAUUGGAAAAGGAAAGAUCCACUUACAUUGACUUAUCGAAUUCUCAAAAUUGUUAUUGAACCUCUUUUAAAUGAUGACGCAGCAAAAGAAGAAAGUAUUGUUGAGUCUAAAAAAGAUGAUGAAAAGUCUGAAGAAAAACAAAAUGAUUUGCUUCAAAAUGUAGUCAACACAGAAAUACGCAUUGAAGAACUCCCAAAAAUAGAUGAAAACCUACUGCAAGUCGCUGAAAAAAUUCCAGAUUCCAAAGAAGUACAAUUGGAAAUAAGUGAAAAUGGUAUCAUGAAAGUUACAAAUAUUCACCAGAGUAGAGAAACUAUACAAGCUAAUGUCACUAUAGAACCAACUGAUAUAGCUAAAAAUGAAAAUCCAUCUAAACCUGGGGAUAUAAACGAAGACAAAGACGAUGAUAAGAAAAAAACUUUAAAGGUAUAUCCUGGGUCAAAGAUAAAAAAAACUAAACCAAAGUUAGACACUAUUGUUGAAAAAAUUAAAAAACAAGGAACUAAAUAUAAAACAUUAACAUCUCCUACAAAACACUGGAAUCCAAGUAUAUCAAAAACUUCGGUUUUAGCCAAAAAGAAAGAAAUAAAUGGAGUUGAUAAAAAGUGUCAAAAAUUUUUCAAAUCAAGAGAUGAUAAAAAAGAUGAAGAUAAAGCUGAAGACAGUUUAAAGAGAUUAGCUGAAGUGCCUUUAAUGAAAAUUAAUCCUCAAACAUUAUGUCCAAUUUUGCCUUCUUCUCCAGCUAAGAAACCCAAAAAACCUGUUCCUAAAAAAAAUACAUUAGCUCAUUCCUUGGCUCUACUACCUGUUCGACCUACCAAUCAUAAUCCAUUUACAAACCCAUUGAAUCCAUUCAUGUAUGGAACAUUUCCAAAUAAUUCAAAUGGAGAUCCAGGAGAUACAAAUGAUUUUCUUAAAGCCAUGUCUGAGCUAUGUCCACCAUCAUCAGCUUAUCACAAUUCUUUACCACCGUCAGUCAGUGUACUUUUCAACCCCCUAUACACUCAUCACAGACAAUGUCAAGCUAAGAAGACUUCUGUAGCUGUAGCUCAAUCACCCGACAUACUAAAAUUACCUGCCAAUAAAAAUGGAGAGAAAUCUGAACAGAUAGAAGAUAAAAGCAAUGACAAAGGUAACGAUAAAGACGAGUGUACUAAUAAUAAUAAAGGUGAAGAGAAAAUGGAAGUUGAGAAAGAAAAAGAAAAAGAAAAGGGAAAAACUUAAAAAAGUGACUUUUUGACAACUCAAACUAAAAAAUUUAAACCUUUUACUACUAAAAUCUUCAGAUCAUGGUAAGUCUAGUAGAGGAUUGCAAAUACUUAAUGACUUUUUUGAAAAUGUUAUAUCAACAUAAUUCCUAAUGAAAGGUUAAUGUAUUUGAUUUAAUCUUUUCUACACCCUGUAUACACUUAACAUGGUGUUUCUAAAGAUAUUUUUUUUACUUUGAGUUUUGAGAUAACAAGAUUUCAAUGUGAUAUAAUUGUUUUUCUAACAUUUUCUUGUACGAUUAAUGGUAUCAUAUUAUAUCAACGACAACAUUAUCUGAAACGCCAUAUACAAAUUUAAUUGUGAUUAUUUCACUUAAUGACAUAGUUGACCAUUUUGUUGGAAAUGUGAUUGACUAAUUUUUGAUACUCGUGUCAGAAAAAGCAUCUUUUGAAACAUUUAUUAACUGAUUUUAUACCAUGUGUUUUCAGUUAUUUAGAGUAAUUAUAACGUUUUGAUAGUUUUAUUUUAGAUUAGUCAUUUACCCUCCACAUUAUUUACUUAAAUAAGGUUCCAACAUAUGGCAAUUAUAGUUAUCCACAAUCUGAUGCUACUUCUAUAACAUAAAUACAUCUAAUAAUUUGUUGAUUAAAAAUAUUAUUUAAAUUGUUUGUCUCCCAAUAAAAAUAAAAGAUCACUUAAUAAGUGGAAGCAUAAGGUAUAAAAAAAUAUAUUUAGUUUUUCACUUUUCUAAAAAUGGUCAGCCUACUUAAAAGGACGUAACACGGGCAUUUGUUAUCUCCGUCUUACAAGUGUAUAACAUAACAAACUCUAUAAUAUACAAUACGCUAUAUUACAUACAAAAAACUUGCUUAAAAAAUGAAC